AUUGUUAAAAUAAUAAAGUUAUCAGUAACAACAUUAAUAACAUUUCUUUUUUGCAGAUGGCUGAUGAUCCAAAUUCUAAUACACCACCAGAAACCCUGUUGUGCUAUUUGCACAACAUUUCGCAAGUUAAAACAGCAACUGAAUCAAAACGAAAGUACUUCAACUGUGUGGUUCAGUGUGAUAACAGGGCACUGAGAGGCGUAUGUUUUUCGCCAGAAAAGAGAUCUGAGAUGAGCGCCGUCGCAACCACCAAAAGUCCAGUCAAGAUUAAAAACUUUAAACGAGCAAGAAAUGAUGAAAACAAUGUAACAAUAACAAAGUAUACCACGAUCACCCCAGUCGAACAAGGCGAGGUCGACUUUGCCUUUUCUGAAGAAUUAUCCCAAUCUGCAACUGGAGAACCUGUCUCCGUUUCUUCAGUAUCCAAUUUGGUGUCGGAGCAAUUGAUAACUAUUAAAGGGAAAGUCCUAAAAGUGUCGGGUCAGAAAGUACAAGCAACGCGCUUUGGCAGGGUCAGAAAACAAGAUGUCAUCGUAGCAGAUCCAAGCGGCUAUAUUAAACUGGUUCUAUGGGGCGACUUUGUCAAUACUCUUGAUGUAGACCACACUUACGUCUUGAAAAAUGUAAGAAUAAAGUGUACCAGAUUCGAAAAUUAUCUCAACACACCGAAGAACGAAGAGUUUUCUGCGGUUGAAUCUGCAGUUUUUGAUGCCCCUGUUGCUGCGUAUGAGCAUGAGAUUGACACGACAACAGAAGUUAUGGCCAAAAUUAUCGGAGUCCAACAAGCUUCCAAGACCCUGUCCUGUAAUGGAUGUCAAAAACAAGGCCUCGAGAUUCUUUCAUCCAACAAAGCUGUGUGCCGCUUCUGCAAAUUGCAGCAGCUUCCUUCAACCUGUAAUGUUAAUUGGAAUUUACGAAUUCUUGUCAAGCAACAAGACCAAUCAACGAAGAAUCUUCAAAUGCGACUCGACCACACCACCACUGAAUCGUUACUUCGUAUGCUAAAUGCCACCUAUGAUCUUCAGUCAGCUACAGAAGAUGACAUAGUUGCCACAAUCUUGGAAAAUUAUGAAACAUUGUAUUAUUUUACCUACGACUUUCUUACAGGCCAAGUGACCCAAGUCGUCUAACUUGAACAUUAUGUGUAAUUAUGCAUUAAAAACUAUUGUACUAGAGUUCAAUUUCACUGGUUUGUUCAAAUUUAACUUUACUAAUUUUAUAUUUUCAUUUCAUAAUACAAGGAACAACAAGGAACUGUAUGACCAUUUCAUCAUGUUUAUAUUAGGGCGUUGUAUUCAUGACUUUUGUCAUUAUUAAAUUUUGUUACAGUUGUAAUUUCUAAUCUAUUUACAGCCAUUAGAACUAUAUUAUGUGAGUAUAUCCCACCUUGUUAUUAAGUAAAUAAAUAACUUGCCUGAUUUCCCUAUGAAAAUGGCUUGAUAUCUUCUGCAAUAUAUUUUUAGAUUGAAUUGAUCUUUC